AGCUCUUGAUGUCUAAGAGAGCAGCUCAGGGUUUGGCAAGUUACCAAGGCCUUAUUUUCAUGGAAAGAGAGGAGUGGUCUUGCUGAGCAUGGUGGGUGAUGGUGGGCUGCUGCUUAGCUUCAUAAGCCAAGGAGGACCAUUUGCUAUUUGGUCUCCUCUCUACAGGCUUCCUUCAGUUGAUGACGAUGCCGCCUCGGAACUGCAACGAGUGGCUGCCUUAGAGGAUGCAGACCACCCCAAAAAAGGAGCCCUCUCCAGGAUAGCUCGGCUAGUGAUGGCUGUCCGAGGAUGGGCAAAGAAAGGUAGGAAAGAAGAGGAGAGACCGGACUCCUUCCUUGAGCGCUUUCGUGGACCUGAUGUGAAGGCUUUAGCAUCAGAGUCGGCAACGGCAGGUGGAGAUGGCCUUGCAGGCCAGGGCCGGAAGAAGAAGAAAUGGAAAGUUCUUGUGAUGGACCCUGCUGGGAAGUGGUACUACCGCUGGCUCCUGGUUAUUGCAGUGCCAGUUCUGUACAAUUGGUGCGUGCUGGUUGCCAGAGCUUGUUUCAAUGAUCUCCAGAGAAGAUACUUGCUCUGUUGGCUGCUCCUGGAUUACCUGGCAGAUGGCAUUUACAUCGUGGACAUUGUCAUUCGGAUGAACACAGGUUUCCUUGAGCAGGGAUUACUUGUUAAAGACUUCAAGAAACUGCGUGCUAAAUACUUUGCCACUUUGCAGUUCAAGUUGGAUAUCUUAUCCAUACUGCCUACUGACUUGGCAUAUUUUGCGGUUGGCAUCCAUCGGCCUGAGUUACGCUUCAAUCGGCUGCUGCAUUUCCCUCGCAUGUUUGAAUUCUUUGAUCGGACUGAAACAAGAACCAGCUACCCAAACAUCUUUAGGAUCUGCAAUUUGGUGAUGUACAUUUUGGUCAUUAUCCACUGGAAUGCCUGCAUUUACUAUGCCAUCUCCAAGGCCAUUGGCUUUGGAGAAGACACCUGGGUUUAUCCAAAUAUCUCAGAUCCAGAAUAUGGAUAUCUGACCAGGGAGUAUGUCUAUUGUCUCUACUGGUCCACCCUGACCUUGACUACCAUUGGUGAGACUCCACCCCCUGUGCGGGAUGAGGAAUACCUCUUUGUCAUCUUUGACUUCCUAAUUGGAGUUCUCAUCUUUGCUACUAUUGUGGGAAAUGUGGGGUCCAUGAUCUCCAACAUGAAUGCCACCAGGGCAGAAUUCCAGGCCAAGAUUGAUGCUGUCAAACACUAUAUGCACUUCCGCAAAGUAAGCAAAGAAAUGGAAGCCAAGGUUAUCCGGUGGUUUGACUAUCUUUGGACCAACAAGAAAACUGUGGAUGAGUGGGAAGUGCUCAAAAAUCUUCCUGACAAACUGAGGGCUGAAAUAGCUAUCAAUGUCCAUCUGGAAACCCUGAAGAAAGUGCGGAUAUUCCAGGACUGUGAGGCUGGGCUCUUGGUGGAGUUGGUGCUCAAGCUUCGCCCUCAGGUUUUCAGCCCAGGUGAUUAUAUUUGCCGGAAAGGAGAUAUUGGUAAAGAAAUGUAUAUCAUUAAGGAAGGAAAGCUGGCCGUGGUGGCAGAUGAUGGUAUUACUCAAUAUGCCAUACUGACGGCAGGGUGCUGCUUUGGAGAAAUCAGCAUUCUCAACAUUAAAGGAAGCAAAAUGGGGAACAGGCGAACGGCGAAUAUUAGGAGCAUUGGCUACUCUGACCUCUUCUGCCUGUCCAAAGAAGACCUCAUGGAGGCUGUGACUGAGUACCCAGAUGCCAAGAGGGUCCUGGAAGAACGUGGCCGAGAGAUCCUCACCAAAGAGGGGUUGUUGGAUGAAGCGGCAGCGGCGGAAAGCAUGGAAGCGAUGGAUGUGGGUCAGAAGCUGGACAGGUUGGAAACCAGCCUGGAAACACUGAACGCUCGCUUCUCUCGUCUCUUGGCUGAAUAUGAUGCCACUCAGAUGAAGCUCAAGCAGCGCCUCACUUCUCUGGAAACCAAACUGAAGGAAGACAAGCAGGACGAGCCUUUUCCUGAGGGUUUUAUCAGCCCACUGGGGGAAGAGGAAAAAACCAAGCAUUGA